AUUUUCCACCGGAGGGGCAAAGUUUUUGGUAGUUUCCAGUUUUCUUCCAGCGGAUAGAGCACGCAGUUCAGUUUUUUUCUCUGCCCCAAGAUGGUGCGCGAACAGUGCGAAGAAGAGUUUGGGCCCAAAAAAAAUGACGAAGAAAACGAUUCAAGCAUCGUGUCGCAAAAACAAGCUCUACCUAACGCCACACCUUAACGAUGUCCUAUAUUUGCACUACUCAGGAUACAACGCCAUCGAUGGGCUGGACGAGUACGUAGGAUUAAAAUGUCUUUGGCUGGAGUGCAACGCCAUUUCCAACAUUUCCGGGCUGGAUCACCAGUCACAACUGCGUUGUCUGUAUCUGCACAACAACCUUAUCAAGAAAAUCGAAAACUUGCAACACUGCAAACAGUUGGACACGCUGAACCUUUCCCAUAAUCACAUCGCCAAGAUAGAAAACUGUGGAAGCGACAUUCUGCCCGUGCUGAACACGCUCAACAUUUCGCACAACUAUCUGAAAUCGAUCGAAAGCCUAGCGGAGUUGCGGAAAUGUGAUUUCGUGUCGGUUUUGGACAUUUCUCACAACCGAAUCGAGGACAUUGCGAUUGUGAAGGUUCUUGCGGAUAUGAAAGGAUUGCGCGUACUGACGUUGGUAGGGAAUCCCGUGGUCAACGAUAUUCCUUCUUAUCGCAAAACGCUCAUUUUGGAAUGUAAAUCUCUGACCUUGGAUUCGAGACCAGUGUUUGAUAAAGAUCGGGCAUGUGCUGAGGCAUGGAAACGAGGCGGUUACGAAGAGGAGCGUAAAGAACACCAGCGCUGGAAGAAAGAGGAACAACGCAAAAUGCGACGCAGUAUCAAUGCAACUCUUCGCUUGCGCCACCGAGGAGACGGCGAACCGGAAUUGCUUAAAACGAGCAGCGACGAGGAGGAGGAAGAAAAGGAAGGUUCUGCUGCCAGUAAAGGAGAGUUCGAAGAGCUGAAGUACCAAUCGAACGACGUUGCGUGGAAGGAGAUGGAAGCUCUAUUUAACCAACACACAAGUGCACUUAAGCCCGCUGCUACUCCCACAGCUACUCCCGCAGCUGACCAACCCAGACAGCUAUGUGAAGCUCUUGAGCAGUGCUUUGGAAGAGUAAAUACUGAUCAACGUUUGAGCGAAAGUAUCGGCAAACCACUCAUCGAAGAGAUUACUACAGAAGAGUACGCAGAUAUGAAGGAAAGGAAAGAUGAAGCUUUACAGCAAGUCGUAGAAGCAGCCAAAGAUGGUCCAGAAUCUCUGGAGCAAUGUUCAGAAGUUGAUGAGAGUUAUAUGCGUGUAUCUGAUCAGAAGAAUGACUUGAAAGCACAUGAUUCUUUUGACAAGAAUGAACUUCCUGAAGAGAGCCACAAAACUGAAGUUGUACAACAAGAAAAGAUCUCAACUGAAGGUGAAGAAGAUACAAAUCGUGAAGAUGUUAACAAAGAUCUUGUACCUAAACCUACUGUGGAAGCCACGAAGCUUCCUGAAAUUAAUAGAAAAACUGAGGCCCGUAUCGCCUCAGCCGAGCAGGAUGAUACGCUGAAUGUCAUCAUCCAAUCGAAAGAGAUUUCCAUCACGAUGCAACCAACGUGUAGUACCACUGACCAAUUCCCAGCAGAUCCUGAUGGCUCUGCCGUACAACAUUCUGAUCGUAAAGCAUCAACCGCUUCGGUAGAUUCGAUCACUUCCACAGAGGGCGAUACACAACAUGCCCAAAAGUUGGCUGACGAGCGUAAAGCUUCUACCAACUCCGUGGACUACAUCACCGGGUCCGAUUCCAACUCCGACCCAACACUCGUAACCGAUUGCGACAGCUGCGUGCGGAACAGCAGCCGUGCCUGCACAUCCCGCUCUGACACUUCCGACAGUGAGGAUAUGUUUGAUAAGAUUGUACCGAAGAAACAUCGCAAGCUAGCCAGUUCUAUGCGCCCGGAAGCGUCCCUGAGCGACAGCAGCAGCAGCAGCAGUGAAACGGAGGACGAAGCUGGAAGCAUCCUCGACAGUAAGCUCGAUCGUCAGAACACGAUCACGGAGUUUAUUGACGAGUACAAACGAUUCUUCCAUUCGGUUGACUUGCGCGAUCCAAAGUGUGUGCUGAAGAAUCGCCACAAGAUUGUGCGUCCCCAGACGGCCAAGUCUCAGCGUACCGAACCGCUCGUGUACGAGGGUGUGCUGAAAGCGAUGGAGCAAAACUCGAACGGUGUAAAGAUUGAACAGGCACGGCAGGAGCGCUUCGAAGCGAACGAGCGUAGCCUUGCAAAGGAGGCGGUACUGGAGCGCUUGAUGAAGGGUCACGCUGAAGUUGAUAUGAACAUCGAGCAGCAGAUGAUAUCGAUCGGUGGCAAGCAGCACAACUUUAACGAGUAUCGUCUUGAGGUGUUCCGGCAGGAUCAGGAAAAGCUGCAGAAUUUGAUCGACCGAGUGACGGCACAGAAGGAGAAGUACAAUGCGCACAUUGAUAGUAUUCACGAUCAGCUGGCGAACAUUAUGGAGGACUAUGGGCAGAUUAGCGAGAAGCUUCGGAAGGUUGACGAUAUGAUACAGAACAUUGGAGAUGAGGUGGUGGUACAUCAGGAAAAGGAAGGGCCUGUCUUGGAGGUUAUCCAGGAAUCGGAGCCUGUUAGCAUUGCAGAACAAAUUGUUGAGAAUAUGACCAAAGAACAGGUGCCGGAUGUCGUUGAAGCUAACAAAAAGGCGUCCGAUGCUACCAUUGAUCCUGUUGAUCAGCUGUCCUCAGACGAGUCUGCUGUAGAUUUGGGUGAAUUGAACCAACACGUGGAUGCUCAAGUCGAAGUUGGUCCGAGCGACCGGAAAAAUCCAACCACAUCCAAAUCUAUUCCAGAAGAGUUCGGUUCCGAUCCGGUGUACCGCAAGUUCAUCGACAUUCAGUACGAGAUCGACAAGCUGACGGAGGAUCAAAUAUUUACCGCCCUGUCCGAGGCGGCCCGUGAGCUGCAGGAGGAGGAGCUCGAGACGAAACUCGUCCACGAUGCCAUCGAUGAGUACUGGAGCACCGAUCUGGAGGACUUUCGGCGCAAUCUCAAUAUCGAUGCUCACCCGAUCGUACAGCGCUUCAAGCGGUUCAUCGAAUGCCAGGGCACCGAUACGGACGAUACCGAUUCGGAGGCACACGUGCGCCGGCUUGAAAAUGCUUACCACCGGUACGAGCGGCGUCUCUCAAACCAUCUGUUUGAUGAAUAUCUGAUGUUGAGUCGUAAGGCUAGCAUUGCCACCACCACCGGGGGAGAGUCAAGUGCAACGGAGUUGGAGUUGGUCGAACUGGACGGAGGGCAUGUACUGCGGGCAUCCACAAGUAGACGCGCAACGGCCUGGGAUUUGAAGGAAUCGGGUGAGGAUCCGGUGGAGGAGUUGGAAGAACUGAAUGAGGAGGAAGACCCGGCAUUGAACGAGGCUGGAGAUUUUAAGCAUGAUGAGCUGGAGGAUGAAGAAUCGAAACCGGAGGAAGAAACUUUGAAGAGCGCUGAAGUGGUCGGAAUGCAGGAACCAUUGGGAGAUGUUCUAGGGGAUCAUUAGAUGGCCUUGAGGUGGCAUCGUAGAUGAACAAAAACGAUCACAAAAAAGCACAAAUUGUGUACGUAGAGAACGUGUUUUUGUAUCACCAGUUGAGAGAUUAAUAAAGCAAUUGCACACACA